CGCUUCCAGCCCGGGGAGCGCCGGCCGGGCCAGCGGGAGGCGGCGGCAGGUUUCAGAUCAGAAUUUAUGGGUAAAUGGGAUAGCAGCAUCCCAGGAUAUUCCUGAGCUGAGAUUGUAACCAUGGACAGAAUAAAAGGAGACUGCCCCAGUCCUGUGCAACCAGGAGAUGCAGAGAGGACCAGGAUGGGAGAACAAGACCCAGAACUAACUGUAUUGGGAAAAGCACAAGAGUUCUUUCAGAUUUGUGAUCUGGAAGGCAAAGGCUUUGUCACUCGUCAAGACAUGCAGAGGCUGCAUCCUGAGUUACCUCUUAGCCUGGAAGAACUUGAAAAAGUUUUUGUUACAUUGGAUGCUGAUGGCAAUGGCUCACUUACCCCAAAGGAGUUCAUCACAGGAUUCAGCCAAUUUCUUUUGGAGCAGAUUGCUUUGAAAAAUGACAUGGUGCAACCAUCAGAAGGUGAAACAGUCUGCCCAGUUAGAUAUGAGGAGACCAUGACUGGUGAUGAGGAUGAAGAUUUCCAGUUCUCAAAUCUGAUGGAUCGGCUUGGAGCCACAAAGGUUUUGGAUGAUGAGACUGAUGUGAAGCAAAUUUGGUUGCAGCUAAGAAAAGAAGAACCUCAUUUACUUUCCAAUUUUGAAGAGUUCCUGGUCAGAAUUUUUUCCCAGCUCAAAGAAGCAGAUAAUGAGAAGAAUGAGUUGGAAUGGGCUCUAAAAAAGAAAAUUGCUGCUUAUGAUGAAGAAAUUCAACAUCUCUAUGAGGAAAUGGAACAGCAAAUCAAAAACGAGAAAGAGCAGUUUCUCUUGAAAGACACAGAGCGGUUUCAGUCCCACAGUCAAGAGCUGGAGUGCAAGCUUCUGUCAAAAGAACAAGAACUGGAACAGUUGGUUCAAAAGCAGAAAAGGUUAGAGCAUCAGUGUACACAGCUCCUCAGUGGCAAAGAAGAAACCAAAGUAGAGAACACCAAGCUGAAGCUGACUAACCAGGAGCUGCUGAGAGACCUGGAGAGAACAUCCCAUGAACUAAGCCUGGCUCAACAACAGCUACAGGUGCUUCAGGAGGAGGCAUCAAGGCUCCACGACGAGAAGGAAAUGGAGGUGUACCGGGUGACAGAAGCCUUACAGAGAGAGAAGUCAGGACUUUUGAAGCAGCUGGAUUUUUUAAGAGAGAGGAACAAACAUCUCAAGGAUGAGCGUGACAUAUUUUUGCAGAAAUGCAAAACAGCUGUUCCAAAAGCCAGCUGGAAGCAAAGAUCAGGGUCUAUCAUUGGUAAAUACAUAGAAGGCAAGAUGCUGCCUAACAGCCAUUCAUUUGAAGAAGAUGAUAUUUUCAGUAACUCAAAGAGAAAGAAUUCUGCUGGACUGAAUGGAGUUCUCUCUGAAGAGCCUAAUGCUGGAGUCACUGGAGGAAUGCCUAAAACAUCACAUCUCCAAAGAAUAAUAUCAAUUGAAGAAGAUCACCUACCCCAUCUUCUUGACAGGCUGGUUGAAAAGCAGCUGAGCAGAUGGACUGGAGAAGACGAAAAUACUUUUGAGGCAGAAAUGAAUAACAAAGACAGAGAGCAAGCAGUGGAACACUCAUCAUCAUCUUCUAGAGAGCAGCCUGUAGGGAAGGAAACACUGUCCAAUGAGGAGAGAAUAAACUCUGUCCCUGAGCGCUUAUUCAAGAUCAUUUUUGUGGGCAAUUCGAGUGUUGGAAAGACUUCAUUUUUAAGAAGAUUUUGUGAAGAUCGUUUUUUUCCAGGCACAGCUGCUACUGUAGGUGUGGAUUACAACGUGAGAACUGUCACAGUAGAUCACACCCAGGUAGCGCUGCAGCUCUGGGACACAGCCGGCCAGGAACGGUACCGAAGCAUUACCAAACAGUUUUUCAGAAAAGCUGAUGGUGUCAUUGUGAUGUAUGACAUAACAGCAAAAGACACAUUUACAGCUGUCAAGCAGUGGCUGAUAAGCAUUGAGGAGGCAACUGGGGAGAAUGUGCCUGUUCUUUUGUUGGGUAACAAAACUGAUAACGAAAAGGAGCGCGAGGUCCCGAUGGGAAUGGGAGACCAUCUUGCAAAGGAUUAUAAUCUAAUUUUCUAUGAAUGCAGUGCAUAUUCUGGGUACAAUGUGGAAAAGUCUGUGCUUCACUUAGCUAGGAUUUUAAAAGAACAUGAAGAUAAAGUGAAAGAGAAAACCAUUGAACUUCAAUCUGAUACAAAAAAAAAGUCAUGCUGUAUGAGGCAAUAAAAUGCUGAGGCGUGUUUACAAGUCAUACAUUUAUACAACACUACCUGGAACUAUCAGAUUUGCUUUUAUCUUCCAAAUAUUUCUUCUGCUAUGUUCUGAGUGUAGGUGUAAGUGGAAGUUAAAAUCUUUUUAUGAUCUGAUCUUGCUUUUAUAAAUAUUAUCUUCAGUUAAUUGACAGUGUAUUUGGGGCAGUAACAGUCUCUUAUUCUGUUUGAUGCCUAAUACCACUGAAUCCUGUUUUGUCAUCAGGCUUGUAGAAGCUGUCACAUUAUUAAUAAGAAGAAAUAAUUUUAUGGGGAGAAAACUAUUUGGAAUAUGAAGUAAAUUCUUACUGGUGUGAAUGACCCAUCCUGUGAAUAUGGCUUAUUUCAUUUUUGU